UAGUAACAGCCAUAUGAUAACGGCGACCUUUAACUCUUGAUUAAAUUGUCGCGGCUCUACUUGCAUCUAAAUACAAAUUCUUCAUUCAUUCAGAAACCUUCGCGCUGUAUACAACACGAUGUUUCUCAACUUGGUAGGCGUAGUUGCACAAAUUCUACUUAUCGUUAACGGUGAAGUAGUUAAUAAGUCAGAGGUCGUUUUGGUUAACGUUUUGUUUAGACACGGCGAAAGAACUCCAGAAAGUUUCUAUCCGACCGACCCACAUAAAGAGAACAAUUUUUAUCCAAAUGGAAUGGGAAGUCUUACCAAUAAAGGGAAGCGCACAGUGCACAGAUUAGGAGUAUUUCUACGAGAUGAAUACGAUACUUUAUUGGGAAAUUUCUACGAAUCUAGUAAAAUCUAUGCCCGAUCCACCGAAAGUCCUAGAGCACAGAUGAGUGCUCUAUUAGUCUUAGCGGGUCUAUGGCCACCGAAUCCUGAUCAGCAAUGGCACCCUACUUUGCUAUGGCAACCAAUACCUAUCCAUGCUAAGGAUUAUCAUGACGAAGACCUACUAGACUCUAGGGCAUGCAAAUACUCUUACUUAUUUAAAGAUUUUUACCUAAAAAAUCACACCAUGAACGAAAAAUUUCUUAAACCUUACACCGAAAUGUUGCAAUACAUAGAAAAUAACUCCGGAAUGGCAGUAAAGGACUUAAUCAGUCUUCAACGGUUUUAUUUUAUAGUCACCACCGAGCACGAACUUGGUUUGCCCUUACCGAAUUGGACCCAAAAGGUGUAUCCUGAACCAAUCUAUAGUGCUGUGUCGUCGAUUUACAAAUAUUUUAAUUCAGAUUUGAGACUAAGACAAAUUAAUGUUGGAUACUUACUUCAAAAAAUGAUAACGGAUUUUAAUGAUAAAAUAAAAGGGAUAGACGUUAAAAAAGUGAUGUAUCUCUAUUCAGCGCACGACACCACUUUAGGAUAUUUUCUAGACGCCAUAAGUGUAAUAACUCCACACGUACCAAAGUACGGUAGCGCAAUUCUAUUGGAACUCCAUCGAUACGACGGAAAUUACUUUGUCAAGGUCCGUUACCUGAGAUCACCCCAAGAGCCAUACGCACAAGACCUACGGUUCCCAAAUUGUGACGUAUUGUGCCCUUUUGAAAAGUUUGUACACUUAUAUGCUUAUCUGAUCCCGAAUAUUACCCAUAAGGAAGCGUGCGCACGGGCCACAAUUUAAAAUUGGCAAGGUGUCGUGGAAUACCACACUGAUUCAGUAAUUUAAGGAGGAGGCACGUAUAUCAUCUUUUCGACAGUAGAUACUAGCAUGGUCUUGGCUGGGUAUAGUCCGAAAGGAAUUUAUCUCGUUGUUUAUUCUAUGUUCCUAAUUGUUUCAGAAAUCAUAAACAGAUAUGUCUAAUUGUCUAAUCAUUUUCAGAACUUUCAUAUGUUUUCUGUUUAGUUUAUUCUAAGCUGUAUAUCUAGUAAAUUCGAUAAUAAUUAAAUUGUGUUGAACAAAAAUUAACAA